GCGGGACGCGCAUCUCGCGCGCGUGUGCAAACGUCGAGUGUGUAACAUAAGUGUACUGCUGCUGAUUUAUAUCGUUCGUUUUUUGUUGCCAUUGUUAUUUAUUGUUUGUUGGCAAUACGAACGAGUGAACGAAUAAUAACAGACGAAAAAUUCCCGUAAAUAAAAAGUUCGAUCGACAGCAGGCUUUUGCGAAGAUGAUGCGUGUCCUCGUGCUGAUGCUGCUACUCUCCGUAGCCGGGCUACACGCGGCUCCAAGACCACACGAGGAUGGGCAGUGCGAGAUGUUACAAAAAUUUCUCGACAACAGAAAUGCCAGCAGCUUCGGCAUGGACUCGGUGCAAGAACUUAGCUCAGCCGCCUCCGCUGCAGCGCAGCACAAUACGAUCUGCGGCGGACGCUGCUGCGAUCGUGACAUGGAAGAGCAGCUACGCCAGCAGGCCAAGGAUGACUUCCACAGUCAGAUUCAUCAUCACAGUCGCAGCUUGCUUGGUCUCUUGGCAACAACCUCCGACGCGCUCAGAGAAACCGUGACAAUGCUUGCCCGUCAAUCGGAGAACAAAACACUGACGCUGUUCAACCAGGUGUAUCGCGCGAUGGCUGUGCAAAGCAAACCAUCCAUAUCGAAUCUUUAUCAAGCGAUCGUAGACUACGUGUCGCCACCGAACACGGCCGAAAAUCUGCAGCAGCCAUUGACGCAGGAGCAGCUGCACGACAGAUUCGCUGAAUUUUUCCAAAAACUCUUCCCGAUAGCCUAUCAUCGAGCGAUUAACCCGAUGCACGACGUCGACUUCACGGAAAACUUCAAGAGCUGCUUGUACAAGACGAUGGACGAAAUCGAGCCGUUCGGUGACAUUCCUAAGCAAAUUGGACAGUCCUUGAGUAAAAGUUUGGAGGCGACGAGGGUGUUGAUACAGGCCUUGACUUUGGGCAAGAGCGUGUUGGAAAAGACUGACGGGGUACUGUUUGCGGGGACAAGCGUGCAGCAGGAAACCUGCUACAAGGCGCUGCUCAGGAUGACUCAUUGUCCCAAAUGUCGGGCUGUUGCUCAUGAUGUCAUGCCGUGCCGUGGUUUCUGUACCAAUGUUAUGAGGGGCUGUUUGACGGAACCGGCCUCGGAGCUGGACUUCGCUUGGUCAGAGUACGUGGAGACAGUAGAGCGUCUAGUCGUGGCAGUGGACGGACACAACGAUCCACUAGCCCUAAAUGUUGAAAAGGCAGUGCGACAUUUAGACAGUCGCAUUUCGGAUGCCGUGAUGCACGCGAUGGAGAAGGGACCGUCACUCGAAGAAAAGGUGCGGAUAGUGUGCGGUCGAGCGGAAUGGGAGGCGUCAUCGUCACACGUCGCGCACUUUUCCGUGCCGGCAAGUGUGGCCGCAUCGACGCGCGUCGCCGGCUCGCUGAUGGGUCUCGACGGCCGACAGUUGGGCGCCCCGCUGGCAGCGACCUUGGCCCAUCAGUCCACGAGGCCACCAAACCAACUGCAUGCGCAACUCGGCAACUUCCUUGCGAGUGUCGUCAGGUCGAGGACGUUUUACGGCACGCUGGCUGAUACCAUCUGCGAAGAUUACCCCGACAAGACUUGCUGGAACGGCGAGCGAGUUGGAGAAUACGCCAAGACAGUGGUCGAUUCGAGUUUAAUCUCGCAGCGAUACAAUCCGGAAUUCACGCCGCUGCUGAGUGCAUCUGCAGUGGGCGGUGGUGGAUCAAACCUUGGCAAUAAAGGCUACACGAACGCGAAUACCAGUGUGCUUAUCGACCAGCUGAGACACAUCAAUCAGAUGGUGCAGUCGCAGCUUAUGUUAGCACCGGACACGAGUGCGCUACUGGCUGACGAAGCUCUGGAAGGCUCAGGUAGCGGCGAUAGUCCCGUGUGGCGAGGUGGCAGACCUAUUGGCCCCGACGACACAUCAAGUGACGACGAGGACGAUGAAGAUCGCGGUGAUGAUGAUGGAUCAGGAUCCGGCUCUGGACCCUCGGUCGAUGGAGACAACUCCCUUUCCCGAAGUGACGUUGACGAUACACAACCAGGCGGCACCGACACGGCAUCAACAAUACUCGGCAUCCCACUGUCGACGUUACUUUUGAGCUGCAUCUUCAUCUAUUACGGCGUGUGAACAGUCUGAGGAAGAAUCGAUUUUGUCGACGAAAAAGAGCGCCAAGGCCAAGGCUCGUGAGACUUCGAGAGGGAGGCGCACGACGACGAUAUUGACGACGACAAAGGAAAAAAAAAGACGCUGUGUUUAUAUAAUAAUUGACGUGAUGUCAUCCGUUUUUUUUAGCCCACUUUUUCUCUCUGUGUAUCUAUCCUAUUAUACAGAUCCAAUGUGAUGCGUUCUCUCCUUCUUAUUUUAUGACGCGUCUUCUCCUUCUCUCUCUCUCUCUCUCUCUCUCUCUCUCUCUCUCUCUCUCUCUUUUAUAAUUAAUUUAAUUUUACGCUCGAGUUCUUUUCAUUCUCUCUAUCUUCGUUGCGUGACGGCACAAGUGGAUGUGCGUACAGCGCGCUUUGUUUUUAUAAAACGCGACUUGCGUUCAGAUGUGAACUCAACUAUUUUCUUCUCGUAUGCAUAACUACGUCGAUGUGCUUUUAUAUUACGUACGUCCUUGAGAUUUUUCGAGUGGUAAUUCCACAUGAAAUUAGGCCAAAUCGAUCAAACUCAUGCAAAGAGCGAAUGCGUGUCAUAACUAUUUACGUCCCACUCGAGAGAUCAACCGAUCAUCAGAAUCCUAGACAACCAAUACACAUGAUCUAAAAAAGCUCGCGAGCUUUUUGCUAUCUUUGUAUAUCGGUCAUGUCCGCCAUACGUGAUUAUUAUCGCCUCGCCCAACGGCGUAGCCAACGAUCGUGUAAUCGAGGAAAACUGUGUGUAUGCGUGUAUACGUGUGUAUGUCGAGAAGCGCCAAUUAUUUUAGGGAUAAGCGCGAGCUCGUUUAAAGCUCCUUAAAGCGGAUUAGCGCGUGAUCUUCUCUCCUUCCCUUUUCUAAUACGUGAGAUUUAGAAGAGAAGUAAAAACCGCGCGUGAUGUGAUGGAAAAACUGUUGUUUUUUUUGCGAGUUUGGGGGAGAGGAUGUUCGCGACGAGAGAUGUGUAGGUUUCUUUUUUGUAAAUAUAAGCUGUGCGCAUACGUAAACGAAAGAUUGAAAAAUUUUAUUGUUGAUUUGUGAUACUUUCAUUUGCGAAUCCGAUUUUUUUACUUGUUGUUGUAAUUGACAAAGACAAAGAAAAGAAAUCGAGGCAUAGAAGAUACUUAUUUGACAUUCGGAAAUCAGGUUUCUCGCGUCAGAGAUAGCGAUCACGUUGGGGCGUCCCGCUGAUUCGUUUGUAUAAAUUUUUUGAUUUUGUUUCGCGCGCGUGAGCAGGGAGGAUUAGUGCCUUUAAAGAAUGCCACUCACACAUACACUCUCGGGACGCUCGUCGAUCUAUUUCGCUUCUCUCCAUACCCUCGAUCUGCUUCUUGUUUUACUUUAUUUCCUUUUUCUUUAUACAUUUUUCUAUAUCGCGUGCUGCGACGAGUCGUAGACAUUUAUAUAAGGUAAACGAUUUUUAUUUAUAUGUGUGCUUUAAAUCCUCUUUCUCUUCAUAUAUGAGUGAGGAAUGAGUACAAUUGCUUGAGACGAAAAGUAUUGUAAAUAAGAGAAUGUGUGAUGUAUUUAUAUAUAAAUAUUAUAAAUAAUAAUAAUUAUUAUUAUAUUAUUAUUACUACUACAAAGCUAAUUAAUGCAGCUAUAACGUUAUAAUAUAUCUGUAUCGACCUAAAGGAAUGAUAAUCAUGCGACUGUUGUGUAUGCGUGUGUGUAUGUGUAUCAAACCUAAUUAAACGUACAUCGCAUGUGACCAUUUUAUUUUUUAAAUUAACGGAAAACGGCAGCGCGCAACCAAGUGUGAAAUUGUAUUUGAGAUUGCGUGCCGAGCGACUCGGUCGCUGACGCGAUCUGACCGCAUCUGUGAGUGGCGCUCCGGCCGUAUCAACAUAACUGAAAUAAAACUAACGUGAAUAGACAUACUUAUAAAGCGACAAGUUUUUUUUUGUUUGUCGUUCUCUUAAUCAUCUCUUUUCCCAACAAUAAUAAUUAAUCCUUCUAUCUACUACCAACCUUUCACUUUUGUUAUACGUGAGCUUUCGACUGUUUUAUCUUUACGAGUGAAGAGUCUAUGCAUUUAACUUAGUCGAGGCUUUUAGAGAAGAUUGACGUUCAUUUAUGAAGCACGCAAGCAUAAAUCUAAUAAGAGAAAUAGUUCAGUGUACAGGAUGGGAUAGGCGGGAGAAAAUGUACCGACAAACUAGCACUCACUUGGCGUAUGCGACUACAACCGCGCUAAUUGCUUCGUGGAACUAAGAAAUCUUCCAUUGCUCUUUGUGCUCAGAACUAAUAUGCACUUUUUCUCUGCUUAUCGAGAUAUUGCGUGAUAAUUUUAUACUCCUUUGCAGUACUCAGAUUGAAGAUAACACGAACAGUGCGUCCGCGGAAAUAAUUAACAGCAUACUUUUAUUACCCUCUGGUCAGAGUGAUUGUCGGCCCGACGAAAAUUCCUUGGGGAACUUAUACAGAGAGGGAUCAAAGCGUCUAUGUGGGAUAAAAGUAGCAGGUCAUCGGCUCGUUAAGAAUCGACGAUGUCAGCGAGCACGCAAAGAGCUCGGAUGUCGUCUGGGAUAAUUUUAGAGUCGAGUGAGAGGUGAGAACCGCGUUAUCGUCUUGGGUUUCGAAAAUAAGAAAAGCUUUGUCAUAUCUGUCACGAGAGCUUCGCUCGAAAAAAGAAAUAAGUUGCAGGUUGCGUUGCGUGUGCUAAUCGACGAAUUAGCCCCGCGUAUUAAGUCAAGCACGCGUGCAUACGUGCACGCUAUGUUCGUUAGUGGCAUAGUUUGGCCGUUACACGACGUUUGACGAAAUUCCGAUGUUGAUAUGUGUGAUGACUUUUGAUAUGUAUUAUUUUUUGCUUACACAAAGCUGUACUCGGCCUAAAAGCUUUAAUUUAACAUAAAAAAAGGAAGAUGUUUAUUGCCACGAGAAUUCAUAAAGAGAAUUUCAGUAUGCAAUAUUCGUUUUUUACCGAACAUCGUUCCACACUUGAAUAUAAAAGAAUAAAUUAUUCUAAACUUGAUUGUGACAUCUGUGCGAGAUGUAAAUAUUGAUCGGCUUUCGUGCACGGUGAAUCAUAAUGAGUUUCAUGCGAAUGCUAUUUCAAGCAAAUUGCACAAUUGUAAGGAAUUUGUCGUGUUAGCGAUGACCAAUUUUGCUGAAAAAAAAUUAAAGCCAACAAAUAUGAAAGUCGAUAAUUAAGCUUUUUCACUAGAUUUGACAAUUUCCAAAAGUAUAUUAAUGUGUUCAUCUUUUUGAUAAUCGAACAUGCACAUUUUUAGAAGUAGAAAUUCGCAGCACAAUAUCUUUUGUUAUACGUAAUAUACAGUAUAGUUGGAAUAAAUAACAAAUAAGAAAGUACCUUACACCGAUACAUGUUAUUGAUAAAUAAUCUCACAAUGUAAAAUUUGAAUUAAAAAAAAUACAUUCAAUAUUUCCAUCAACCCAACUGAUAUGACGAACAACAAAAUAUCAGCGCUUUCGCUGCUCAUGAUAUUUAUUGAGCUGCAUCGAAACUACAUAAAGCAUGGCAAACUCCGCUUCAAAACAUACUAACUCGUUGAGAAUUCAGCCAAGCCUCAUUGUAUCGAAUUCUCGCAGCAGCAACUCUCUCUCACGACGACAAAAGGUCUAACUUGUGUGCAUGUGUCUCGAUUAGCUAAACUCGCACAUGUCGCUUCAAACAAGCCCCUUUCCGUGAAAGUGUAUACGUGUGUGCAUGUGAGUGUGUGUGUGUGAAUUAUUGAGGCGUAUAUAUCCUUUGUUUUCGCUCUCUGCGCACCGUCAUCUUCAUCAUGUCAAGGGUUGUCGUUUAAUUGGGACGUUUAUAGUACUACAGAUCGAAUUUAGUAUAACGUUGUUGUAGCGAGCGGCCGAUUCUCGAUUGCAUGCGUCACGACAAAUGAAAGGAUUUACGCGUCUGAGCGUUACAUAACAAGUUUGACGUUUUUCAUGAAAAAUAACAUCUUUCUGGCAGGCAACACACGUACGAAUAACUUCUUUGAUUUUGCUGCAAGCUUUUGAAAGUGCAAACGUUAGUUUGAUAGAGUCGCUGCAAAGUGACGUAACUUGUCUAUGUGUAUAUAUAUAUAACGUAUAUAAAUUAUAUGAACGCCUCAUCAAUAUAAUAAUUUUAUAUGUUAUUAUUUAUAUUAGACUUAUUCGCGCGUAAGAUUAGUAAAGUUAUAUAAUAUAUAUACGAGAGUUUGCAUGGAUGUCGCAUAUAUGAUAACAAUUAUAUUAGAUCCAUUCUUUCUCAUCGUAUUACACUGUUAAAAAAAUGAACUGUUUGGAAAAUUGUCCAAUUGAAGAUUAUUACAGAAAACAAAAACGAGAUAUUGUACGUAUGUAUUCAAUGAAACGGAAUCGUUUGUAAUGUAUAUGGAUAAAUUUAUAAGGAUAUAAAGAUUAUAAACGAAAUUUUAAAGAAUAUAAGUGGACAAAUUCAUUAAUUAUAAUAAAUGUUAUAUGAGAAUAUAAGUGGAAUUAUUAAAAUUAUAAAAUUAUUAUCAGUUAAUAAUCGCUGCUAGGCAGCUCUAAUAUUUCGACCACUGUAAAGAAAUGAAAACUGUUUAUGGAUGAGCGAUUAAUAAAAUAUAAUAUAAUA